UCGCAAAGACAGCAGUAAGACGUUUAAAGCAUAGACAUCUGGGAAGAAUCAGAAGAAAAACAUGGCAGAACCUGAGAACAGGGUUGCAACUCAUGGGUUGAGAUGUUUUUCCAAGAUCAAGAUGUUUCUAUUUUCAUUAACAAUGGCAUAUGUAGCCAAAUCACUAUCAGGAACUUACAUGAAUUCUAUGCUCACACAAAUAGAGAGACAAUUUGAUAUCUCCACAUCUGUAGUUGGAUUGAUCAAUGGGAGCUUUGAGAUUGGAAACCUUUUGUUGAUUAUAUUCAUGAGUUAUUUUGGAACAAAAGGGCACAGGCCUCUCAUGAUUGGUGUCGGAUGUGUGGUUAUGGGCCUAGGGUGUUUCUUAAUGUCACUACCUCAUUUCCUGAUGGGCCGAUAUGAAUAUGAGAAAACAAUUUCACCUGCAAGCAACUUGUCCUCAAACAGCUUCUUGUGUUCAGGAAACAGAACCCAGACCUUAAAGCCAACGCAUGACCCAAAAGAGUGCAUAAAAGAAAUUAAAUCCUCAAUGUGGGUAUAUGUAAUGGUCGGAAAUGUUAUCCGUGGAACUGGUGAAACUCCUAUCAUGCCCUUGGGUAUUUCCUACAUAGAAGAUUUUGCCAAAUCAGAAAACUCCCCUUUAUACAUUGGGAUUUUAAAAAUUGGAGUGGUCAUUGGUCCCUUGAUUGGACUUAUGUUGGCAACCUUCUGUGCAAAUAUUUAUGUAGACUCUUGGUCUGUGAAUACAGAUGACCUGACCAUAACUCCCACUGACACACGCUGGGUCGGUGCUUGGUGGGUCGGAUUUUUGAUCUGUGCGGGAGUGAAUGUCCUGACCAGCAUCCCCUUUUUCUUUUUUCCCAAAACACUCCCAAAGGAAGGACUAGAGGAUAAUGUGGAUGUGACUAAAAGUGACAGAGAAGAGAAACACCGAGGAAAAGCCAAGGAGGAAAAACGUGGAAUCACUAAAGAUUUCUUGCCAUUCAUGAAGAGCUUCUUCUGCAAUUCGAUUUACAUGCUUUUCAUCCUCCUAAGUGUGCUCCACCUCAACGCAAUCGUCAUUAUUGUUACCUUCAUGCCUAAAUACCUGGAACAGCAGUUUGGAAAAUCAACCGCAGAGAUAGUCUUUCUCAUAGGUCUUUAUACCUUACCUCCAAUAUUUGUUGGAUAUGUAAUUGGUGGCCUGAUUAUGAAGAAGUUCAAGACUUCUAUGAAGAAAGCAGCAUAUAUAGCUUUCUGCCUAUCCCUGACUGAGUACCUUCUAUCUUUCUUUUACUUCUUAAUGACCUGUGAUAAUUUUCCAGUUGCUGGUUUAACUACCUCUUAUGAUGGAAUCCAGCAGCCUUUGUACGUGGAGAAUAUGGUCCUUGAUGACUGCAACACAAGAUGUAACUGCUUAACUAGAACGUGGGACCCAGUGUGUGGAGAGAAUGGCCUGGCAUAUAUGUCAGCCUGCCUUGCAGGCUGUGAGAAGUCUGUUGGAACAGGAAUCAACAUGGUGUUUCAAAACUGCAGCUGCAUUGGGUCUUCAGGAAACUCAUCUGCAGUCCUUGGGCUGUGUAAAAAAGGCCCUGACUGCACUAUCAGGCUGCAGUACUUUUUCAUAUUGGUACUAAUUACCAGUCUCAUCUACUCCCUAGCAGUCGUUCCUGGGUAUAUGGUUUUACUGAGGUGUGUCAAGUCUGAAGAGAAGUCACUUGGAAUUGGGUUACAUGCAUUUUGUACAAGAGUAUUUGCUGGCAUUCCAGCACCUAUUUACUUUGGUGCCUUGAUAGACAGAACCUGUUUACACUGGGGGACUCUGAAAUGUGGAGAACCAGGGGCGUGCAGGAUGUAUGAUACGAAUAACUUCAGGAACAUUUACAUCGGCUUGCCUGCAGCACUAAGAGGAUUGAGCUAUCUCCCAGCGUUCUUCAUUCUAAAACUCAUGAAGAAGCGCCAACUCCCUGGGGAAACUGACUCUUCAGAAACUGAACUUGCAGAGACAAAGCUCACAGAGAAGAAAAGCGAGUGUGUGGAUGUGCACAGAAGUCCCGAGGUUGAGAAUGACAGAGAACUGAAAACUAAGCUGUAAUGAGUUUUCUAUUGGCCUGCACAAGCCCUUGACAGAGUGUGCAUUUGAUUCUUUUGAAUUGUAAGAAGUACUAUAGGAAAUCUCUUCUUAUCCUUAAGGACCUCAAAAUUAUUUUACUCAUGACAAAAAUAUUUACUGACAGCAUUUUUAGAACAUUAGGGUAGCACUUAAGAUUUUCCCAGGGAAGUCUAUGGUGACCCCAUACUGAACUAUAUAGCUGUCUUCAUUUUCAAAGAGCAUUUUCUCUUUUAACUCAAUAUAAGCCUGUGAGUAUUUCCCACAUAUCUUCAAAUAGCAUUAAAACUUGGCCAUUUCUGAAACACUAUUCAAUUUCAUUAAAUUUAUGCUUUAAUGCUGGAAGUAUUUAGAGCUGAAAAUAUGCAUCUUUGUUGUGUCACAUUGAAUAAUUAUCCUUUCUACAUGCAAGACAUCUGCACAUGUCUAUGUCUAUUUAGGAGUUGUAAACUUUUUUUUGAGACAUGCUGCUUCCAAAAUAUGACUUCUCAUAAUGUAUGGCCUCUUGUUUUGUAUCCCUUCUUUUAUUACUCUUGUCAAACAUUUAAUCACUUUGUUUAGAGCACUGACACAUUUAGUGAGGUUAUUAAAAAUCUUGUAGCAAAGAUGGUUCGAACUUUUUUUUAUAGUAAUUCAAGAUUGGGCAUGAAAGUCUUUCCUAAAAACCAGUAUUUGAGAAAGGCAGACCUUCCAAAGACCCUUUGUGGAGACAGAACUCUAUGUCAGUAGUAGAGUGCUUGCCUAGUUUGUGGCAACCCUAAUGUAAACUACUGAUAAUAAAACAAAAUAUAUUUAAAAAGUCAAGGAUGGAUGCCGUAUUUACAGUUCAACAGACUGCCUUCUCAUAUGCAGGUGGCCUCUUUGGUCCAGUGUUCAUUUUACUCAUGGGUUCUCAGAGCACCUGGUUAUUAAAUUUCAAAAUCAUCUCAGAGUAAAAUGAUUUAACAAGGGCCAGCUGGAUGGCUCAGUGGAAAGGGGUGUUUGCCACCAAGUCUGACAUGAUAAUUUUGAUCUCUGGGAUGAAGAAAGAAAACCAUCUCUUGUAAAUUAUCCUUUACCCUCUGCUGUAGUUCCUCACCCUCAAACAAAUAAAUAAAUGAAAAAAAAUUGUAGAAAGUUGUAAACUGUAACAUUGGGAUUAAUAAAAUUCAAGGUGCACUUUAAAAUCAAAAUCAACUUGUUUGAGAACUGUCCCUCUUAAGAUCGGGAAUUAGGACAUUUGGGUUCCAGUUGAUAACUCUGCUUGUGAAGAACUGGGGGUGCACCCUUAAUUGACAAAGUGAACCACCAGGCUAGGUGUUGAGAGUUAAAAUCCUCUUUUAUUUCCAGUUCCCUCUGCUUUGUGCUUUGGUUGAGGAUGUGAAAUCUCAGCUUCCUGCCCCAGUCACCAUGGCUGCAGCUGGCUGUCAUGCCUCCUUGCCAUGAGGGACUUCUAUCCCUCUGGAAUCAUAAGCAAAAAUAAACUCUUUUCUUUUA